AUGGUGACUUUUGGCGAAGGUUUCGAAUUGUAUAAAAUUCCGAACGGAGCUGGACUUAUCGGCGCUGAAAGACAUUCUGAAGACGACCAUUUUAUCCUGACAUUUAAAAAUAAAGAAGUUCUUGUAUAUAAUGUAAGUUUUGCUCGUUUUUGCACAGGGAAUAGUCUUCUAUUUUUCAAAAUGACAAGACCUUAAACCUUCAUUCGCAUAUUUGUUCGCUUGAUAACACGUGGUGUUUUCAAGUGUUCAUUUGUGCAGUGGAAAUAUUAAUAGGAUAGUACAUAAGUUAUACAGUAGUGUAGAUCAGUAGAUAUAUGUAAAACAAUUUAGUUAUCAUUGUAACACACUUUAUAUUAUUUUAAUAACCGUAUUUCAGAACCAUCCUCUGAGAUACGAAAACCCAGUUUCAUGUUAAUAACAGUAUACUUAAUAUAAUUAAAGUAAAAAGGUGAAAUAUCCAGUGUGGAAAGUUUGUAUCGCGCGCACUUUUGAUGCUUCCUAUAUAUUUACUAGAAUAUUUUCAAAAUCUUCCCCGCGCAAUUUGCAAACUUUUCAGUCAGGAAAAGCUUCAAUUCCCAUCCUCGUUCCCAGGGCUUCUCAGCUGCCUGCGUUGCCGUAAGCCCUGGGACAAGCCGAGGCAGAAGUGAUUUGAUUGGUCGUUGGAAAUAGAGUGAAAUAUGAAAAAUUAAUUCAUCAAGUGGAUGUUUAUAUUCGGCAAUAUGGCGUUCGAACUACGAAGAAAUACAGACGUGUAAUGCUUGUUUUCUCAGGAUUAAUGGAGAUAAUAAUGUAGCUCGCAUGCAUGCAGUUUUCAUGGUCUUGCAAAUUGCUACCUAUGACCUAAUACUGUAUUUGUUAAUGUUUACGUAAACUUUUGAGUGUCUGCAUAAUUCUUCUUUUCAAUUACUUCGGUUUAAGGCAAGUUAAACACAAUUUGCUUGUGAUGUUACUCUGAGUGUAUAUCCACACCGGGCAGGCUUGAAAUAUAUGCCUGGCCACGGUGGGAAUCGAACCAACGACCUUAGGAGUACUAGCCCAACGCUCUGCCGCGUAGCUGAGUUGGUAGAGCAUUGGGCUAGUAUUCCAAAUAUCGUAGGUUCGAUUCCCACCUUUGCCAGGCAUAUUUUUCAAGCCUGCCUGGUGUGGGUAUACACUCAGAGUAACAUUACAAGCAUCUUAUUCACCUCAUUCAUAUCAUUAAGGUGGCUCGAUACAGUUUUCAAAAAUUCAGGUGUUUAAUACUUUGACACGUUCAAACUACGCAUUUUUAGGAUUUAUUCAGCAGAUAUUAGGUUUUUUAUAUAUUUUGAUAACUCUACUUUCAAAUUAUAUUAGUUUUAGUAACAGAUAGUUCGUUGCUAUGACGACAUACGUGUACGAAAUUCACUCCAAAAUGGCCUAUCGUCUCGUAUAGUUGGAAAAAAAGCAUGGUGACCCCCAAUUUUUUUUCGUGCAUUAUUUUACUUGGACGAAAAGCUAACAAUUAGCAAAAUAUAAAAAAAUUCUGUAAUGCCAUUUUUUUGAAAAAUGCAAAAAUGUCAUAUUCUUCGGUAAAAUUUUUUUUGCAUUACAGAAUUUUUUUAUUUUUUGUAUAAUGAAAGUUUUUAGCGGUGCAAUACAGCAUGCAAAAUUUGAACAUAGGUCACCAGACAAAAUAAAGAGAUAUAACGCAUCGUUUUUCUAAAAUGGAAAAUUCUAAUGACGUCAGCAAUUGACAUAAAACGCUAUAGAACAAGCGCAACGGCGUGAUAUGGCGCGAGCAACUGCUCACGUCAGGUCAUUUUGGAAGUUCUUUGAUUUUGUUAAUCAGUUUCCGCGACCUGCGCGUAAAGAUGGUCACCCGGUUUUGAGUUCGCGAUUCUUGAGCAGGGUUUUUGUGAUAACUAUAUCGAGCCACCUUAAACACAAUUGUAUCUUGUUAUUUUCUUUUUAGUUGCUUACCCUCUAAAUACUGUGCAAAUGCCUACACAUGAAGCAUGUUCAAUGUAUAGACGAAAUAUAAUUAACUAGUGAGUUCAAACAGACCAGAACUAAUUAUUGACCGAAAGUCACUUGCUCUCAUUCGCAACCUCUUUAAAAAACUUAAGAGAGGAGAACUACAGCUUUGCGAACAGCCUGAUGUAACGUUUGUUGGAGAAGAAGGAAUUGAUGCAAAAGGUUUAACAAAAGAGUUGGCAUACAUGAUUGUCAAAGGCCUAAGAGAAGGAAAUAAAGACUAUAUAUUAUUUGAAGGUCAAGCCAAUCAUCUGUUGCCAAUUCACUGUGAGGAACAUGUUCAAAGUAAGCUGUUUGUAUAUGCUGGUCAGUUAAUUGCAUUUGCCUUCCUGCAUGGUCACAUUGGUUUUCCUGGAAUGUCUCGAGCUCUUGCAAAGUAUAUUGUCUCUGAAGAUCUAAAAGAUGCCGUACCUCAUAUAUGUAUUAAAGAUAUUCCAGAUAUCAAUACAAGAUUACUUGUCAAGGAGGUGAGUACAAGACUGAGAAAAAUAUAUAAACUAGUAGUUACUAUCGCAAGAACAUUGCUGCCACAAACUUGACGCUCGCAAUAGAUACAGUACAUCAGAUCGAUAUUUGGAUGAUGCAACCAUGAAAAGUGGAAACGUAACACCCGAGCCGUUUAUUUGCACGGCAUAGGCGGUCGUACGGUUGACAAGGUCUUUCAAUACGACUUGCCUUUUCUUAAGAGUCAACAUUCGGACAUUAUUAUUUUGGAAUUGGGCACUAAUGACUUAUCCUUUUUGUCUCCGGAGGCGGUGGGAUCACGUUUGGAGGAUUUAGUUUCACUGUUACGGUAUAAUUUGCGUGUUAGCGUUGUCGCUUUGUGUCUGGUGAUUGACCGUUGUUUACCGCAUUCACAAACGCCUGACACGGUAUUUAAUACUAAGGCGGCACUUUUGAGACAGUAUUUAUCUGUCGAACUGGACAAUAUGCCUGGUGUUUUCUUGUGGGAACAUCGCGCAUUUUGUAAAGCUGGCAAAAAUUUGCUGUCCUUAGAUGGGGUGCACGCUAACCCCCACGGACAGUUUAGCUUAUAUAAAAGCUAUCGAGGAGCGAUCUUGAAGGCUCUCUCGCUUUUACGUUAAUGUGUCAUGCACGGGAAUUUACCAGCUUUUCCCAACUACAAGUUUUUUGCAUUGUUUUCCUAAUUUUGGUAUUAAAUUUUGGCCAAUACUUAUAAAUAUUAAGUUUGAUGACUUUAUGGCCAUAUUAUGUACUUGUUAUACUAUACAUAUUGAUUGUUCUAUGCUGAUUUGUUCAAAAAAGUUUGUUGCCAUCUUUGAAUAGCCUUCCUUGAUGACAGGUUUAUCACCCUGGGCCCAAGGGAUCUAUGAAUAUUUGGGUUUGCACACAUGGUUAUGGCUGUUGUGACCCCUGUUGAGCAUUCAGCAAUUAUAUUCAGCUCGGAGGUAGCCAUUCAUGAAACAAGUGGCUUGGCAUAGAUGGUAAAUCUGUCCAGUUAUAUGUUGUGUUAUUUCUGUAUUGGUUUUACAGUCAUGUUCUGUCUUUGAAUUUUCCUCAAGAGGCUCCCGAUUUAAUGAAAUAUGCGGAGGUUGUGCGAGAUUUGGCUGCAGGAGGAGCGAAUUGGAGAUUUUAUGACACUCAGUUUCGAUCGCUACGACAAACAAGAGCACAUGAAAUGCCUUGGGGCACAACUCAUUAA